AUGGAAGACCUGUACAUAUCUUCGGCGACGGCCGAGCCGUGCACCAACAACAACGUGGACGAGGACUCGCCGAAGAAGAAAUGGAACGGUGGCCUAGCCAUCCUGCAGGAGACCGCCGAGGACUGCGGAAGAGGCGAAGACAGCGGCGGCGGAGGAGGAGGAGGAGGAGGUAAGCCACCGAUGUCGCCGCCGGAGCGCAGGAACCGUCGGAAGUCGUGGCAAAUGGGGCGGCUGGACAAGAAGCGCCGAAAGAGCGUGUCCGUGCUCUCGCCCAUACCCGACGCCGAACAGCUGGACACCAGUGCACGCGAGUCGGCUUACUACAAGUCCAAGCGACCCAGCUGGUGGAACAUCUUCGCUCACGAUAAUUGGGCCCGGUAA